AUGGCCUUUACACAGGCAGCAAACUUGGUCGAGAAAGUCAUUGGCCAUGGUGACAAUGCGACCAUAACCACUGACGUCUCGAAUUACAACAACGAGUUUGGAGAAGAGACUGGCGAGUUAAUCCAGGCCACUACAUGGCAGGGCAAGAACACAGUCAAAGUGGUGGAAAUGCCCAAGCCGCGGGUCAUCGACCCCGGUGAUGUAGUUAUCAAGGUGACAGGAAGCACCAUCUGCGGCAGUGACUUGCACCUAUAUCAUGGCACAAUCCCCCAAUUACAGAAAGGCGAUGUGCUCGGCCAUGAAUGCUGUGGAGUUGUGGAAAGUGUUGGCCCGGACUCCAAGAAAGUCAAAGUCGGAGAACGCGUCGUUGUCUCUUUCCCAAUUGCUUGUGGAACUUGUAGGAAUUGCCAGAGAGAGUUAUUCUCUCAAUGCGAUAGGACCAAUGAGAACACACUCACCAACGCCUUGUACGGCAAACGAACCGCAGGCAUGUUUGGAUAUUCCCAUUUCACGGGUGGCUUUGCCGGCGGCCAAGCCGAGUAUCUUCGCGUUCCCUACGGCGACGUGAACCUGCUCUCUAUCCCAGACGACGUCCCAGAUGAGAAGGCGCUCUAUGUAUCAGAUGUCCUAGCGACAUCUUGGCACUGCGUCGUCGACACGGGAGUCAAAAAAGGGGAUGUUGUUGCGAUUUGGGGUGCCGGGCCGAUCGGACAGAUGUGCGCGCAGUAUAGUUUCUAUCAUGGGGCUAGUCGGGUGAUCCUCAUCGAUGGAGGCGAUGCUGCAUGGCGAUUGGAAUUUGUGAAGACGAAAUUGCCAAAACUUGAAACCAUAAACUUCACUGAUCUGCCGAAGGGUGAGUCUGUGACGUCCCAGUUGCAGAAAAUGGUUGAUGGAGGACCGGACGUCGCGUUGGAGUGUGCGGCGGGUGAAUAUGCUAAAGGAUGGGCGCAUUACUUUGAGCAAAUGUUGGGGAUGGAGACGGAUACUUCAGAGAUUCUAAAUGAGAUGAUCACUGCCGUUCGCCCAUUUGGACAUGUGGGUGUGACGGGUGUCUAUGCUGGAUAUGUGAGUUCACUUUGGACGGAGACUUGGGAAAGAGCUAACAAUUAUUCUCAGACAAAUCAUUUUAACAUCGGGGCUUUGAUGCAAACUGGUGUCCAUCUCUGUGGUAAUGGACAGGCUCCUGUCCAGAAGUAUUGGGAGCACCUCAUGCAUCUGAUCCAGACGGGAGAGAUUGACCCACUGGCUAUGGUGACGCAUCGGGUCCGUUUGGAAGAUAUGGAUAAGCUGUAUGACGUCUUUAGCAAACGAGAGAUGGGAAUGCAGAAGGUCUUUGUGCAGACUAAGCACUCCGGCCCUGUAGCUGACGGGGCUCCUCGGCUCACGAACCUGUGA